GAAGCCCUAAAGACUACAGUGCCAUGACAGGGACACACCAGGGUCACGUGUUCUUCACCCUACAUCCCACAGCCUGAGGAGCUGACCAACAUUCUGGAGAUCUGUAAUGUCGUCUUCACCAGCAUGUUUGCCCUGGAGAUGAUCCUGAAGCUGGCUGCCUUUGGGCUCUUCGACUACCUGCGAAACCCUUACAACAUCUUUGACAGCAUCAUUGUCAUCAUCAGCAUCUGGGAAAUCGUGGGACAGGCGGACGGAGGCCUGUCGGUGCUGCGCACCUUCCGGCUGCUGCGGGUGCUGAAGCUGGUGCGCUUCAUGCCGGCGCUGCGGCGCCAGCUCGUGGUGCUCAUGAAGACCAUGGACAACGUGGCCACCUUCUGCAUGCUGCUCAUGCUCUUCAUCUUCAUCUUCAGCAUCCUUGGGAUGCAUAUCUUCGGCUGCAAAUUCAGCCUCCGCACGGACACAGGAGACACAGUCCCCGACAGGAAGAACUUUGACUCCUUACUGUGGGCCAUUGUCACAGUGUUCCAGAUCCUCACGCAGGAGGACUGGAACGUUGUCCUCUACAAUGGCAUGGCCUCCACCACUCCAUGGGCUUCCCUCUACUUUGUUGCCCUCAUGACCUUUGGCAAUUAUGUACUCUUCAAUCUCCUGGUGGCCAUCCUGGUAGAGGGCUUCCAGGCUGAGGGUGAUGCUAAUCGCUCCUACUCUGACGAGGACCAGAGUUCAUCCAACAUGGAGGAGUUUGACAAGCUGCCAGGGGGCCUGGACAGUAGCGGGGAUCUCAAGCUCUGCCCGAUACCUAUGACACCCAAUGGACAUCUGGACCCUAGCCUCCCCCUGGGUGGGCAUCUGUGUUCUGCUGGUGCCAUGGGCCCUGCCCCUCGCCUCUCACUGCAGCCAGACCCGGUACUGGUGGCCCUCGACUCCCGCAAAAGCAGUGUCAUGUCAUUGGGCAGGAUGAGCUACGACCAGCGUUCCUUGUCCAGCUCCCGGAGCUCCUACUAUGGGCCCUGGGGACGUAGCGGGACCUGGGCCAGCCGCCGCUCCAGCUGGAACAGCCUGAAGCACAAGCCACCCUCAGCUGAGCACGAGUCCCUGCUGUCGGGGGAGCAUGGUGGCAGCUGCGCCAGGGCCUGUGAGGGUGCCCGGGAGGAGGCGCCAUGCCGCACUGCACCCUUGCAUGCCCCACACGCCCACCAUGCUCACCAUGGACCCCACCUUGCACACCGUCACCGCCACCACCGCCGGACCCUGUCCCUCGAUACUAGAGACUCGGUAGACCUGGCAGAGCUGGUGCCCGUGGUGGGCGCUCACUCGCGGACUGUUUGGAGGGCAGCGGGCCAGGCUCCGGGGCAUGAGGAUUGCAAUGGCAGAAUGCCCAACAUCGCCAAGGAUGUCUUCACCAAGAUGGAUGACCGCCGCGACCGUGGGGAAGACGAGGAGGAGAUCGAUUACACCCUGUGUUUCCGGGUCCGCAAGAUGAUCGAUGUCUACAAGCCUGACUGGUGUGAAGUCCGUGAGGACUGGUCCGUCUACCUCUUCUCCCCUGAGAACAAGUUCCGGAUCCUCUGUCAGACCAUCAUAGCUCACAAGCUCUUUGACUACGUGGUCUUGGCCUUCAUCUUCCUCAACUGCAUCACCAUUGCCCUGGAGAGGCCUCAGAUUGAAGCCGGGAGCACUGAGCGCAUCUUCCUCACGGUGUCUAACUACAUCUUCACAGCCAUCUUCGUGGGCGAGAUGACACUGAAGGUGGUUUCUCUGGGCCUGUACUUUGGCGAGCAGGCGUACUUACGCAGCAGCUGGAAUGUACUGGAUGGCUUCCUGGUCUUUGUGUCCAUCAUUGAUAUCGUGGUAUCUGUGGCCUCCGCGGGGGGAGCCAAGAUUCUGGGAGUCCUCCGGGUCCUGCGACUCCUACGCACCUUACGUCCUUUGAGGGUCAUUAGCCGGGCCCCUGGCUUGAAGCUGGUGGUAGAGACGCUCAUCUCCUCCCUUAAACCCAUUGGCAACAUUGUGCUCAUCUGCUGUGCCUUCUUUAUCAUCUUCGGCAUCCUGGGGGUGCAGCUGUUCAAGGGAAAGUUCUACCACUGUCUGGGAGUGGAUACCCGCAACAUCACCAACAGAUCUGACUGCGUGGCUGCCAACUAUCGCUGGGUGCAUCACAAGUACAACUUUGACAACCUGGGCCAGGUGAGCGCUUCAGGGGUCACGGGCCCGGCUAGGGUCCUGCAUUGUUGCUACAGACCCUUUUCCCUUUCCAGGCAGGAGUUUCCCAUCCUGCAAA